UUCAACACAGCGGACCAACAAGCUGCUGUGGUCUGUGGCACAUUCACGGGAAUAAAACGACGGCUUGGUUUUCUGCAAUAUUGCUGGAUUGUCGGAGCUGCAGAGAUGUGUGCUUGAGACGUCUCAGUUGUAACGAUAGGAGGGGGGAAACGUACAUAUCACCGAUGUGAAAAAGGCAGCAUCCCCUCCUGUCUACCUGCAGCUGAUCUGCUGCAUUUGGCUUUGGAGGACUGAGACUGCUGCAGCUGCAAAUCUCAUCAUCAUCAUCAUCAUCAUCAUCAACAUCAUCAACAUCUGCCACUUCAAAUACGACAAGACACAAGAGGACACAGGCUGCACUUUGGCUGAUCAAAGCGCCAACAGUCAGAAAGGACCUGUAGACGAUGACUCCAGCAGAGAUGCUUGCUUGAACGCAGCAUGAGAUAACUGAGGGCUAACAUACCACUCGCUGAUACAAGCUUUUUCUGUUUGGCGCUGAUGAAAAUGUUCCAGUGUGUCAGUUGACUGACAGGGUUGCAGUGGUGUUCUAGCCCACGCUAUAGCCAGCAGCUGAACCGCAGACACCACAGAGGAGAUGGCUCGUCCAGGAUCUGGGUUGCUGGUGCCUGUCAAUGGGCUGGGGUACCCCCCUCAGAACCUGGCCAGAGUGGUGGUCUGGGAGUGGUUGAACGAACAUGGGCGCUGGAGGCCCUACACUGCAGCGGUUUGCCAUCAUAUUGAGAAUGUACUGAAGGGGGAUGCCCGGGGUACCGUGGUUCUAGGGCAGGUGGAUCCCCAGCUCUCUCCUUACAUCAUUGACCUGCAGUCCAUGCAUCAGUUUCGACAGGACACAGGCACCAUGAGACCAGUGCAGAGGAACUUCUAUGAGCCGUCAUCCGCCCCAGGGAAAGGUGUGGUGUGGGAGUGGGAGAAUGACAACGGUUCGUGGACACCGUAUGACAUGGAAAUCUGUGUGACCAUUCAAAACGCCUACGAGAAGCAGCACCCCUGGUUGGACCUGACCUCUCUGGGCUUCUGCUACCUCAUCGACUUCAACAGCAUGUCUCAGACAAACAGGCAGAGCCAGCGCAAGCGACGCCUGCGAAGACGCAUGGACCUUGCUUACCCUCUCAUCAUGGGUUCCAUCCCUAAGUCGCAGUCCUGGCCUGUGGGAGCCAGCUCCGGACAGCCCUGCUCCUGCCAGCAGUGCAUCCUGGUCAACAGUACGAGAGCCGCCUCUAAUGCUAUUCUGGCUUCUCAGCGACGAAAGCACUACGGAGGCACAGCAGGCAACCCGGGUGCCACAGGAACCCUGACAGUAGUGCGGCAGAGUAACACCUUUGCUGGAACCUCCCUCUGGUCUCCGACAUCCGCUUCCUCCGGCACCAACAACAAUAACAUAAGUAUGGGCGGCGGACAAGCCAAAGCUGAACAGGUGCAGUUGCCACUGUCCACUGCCAACUUCCCCUGUUCCCCCGUGAUGCCAUCUCUUUCAUCCGCCCAUGGCCACCACGCUCUCACCAUCAACGGACAGAACAACCUGAAUCGACCAGGCACGCAGCGCAUUUCAGUGGGCACUGCCAGAGGAGCCAUCCCACCAGGGGUUCCUGCACUCCCAGUAAAGAACCUGACUGGAUCUGGACCAGUGCACCCAGCACUAGCAGGUAUGACAGGUAUCCUGAUGUGCGCUGCAGGUCUACCGGUUUGCCUGACUCGGGCCCCCAAGCCCAUCCUGCACCCGCCACCCAUCAACAAGAGCGACAUGAAGCCGGUGCCGGGGAUCAACGGCAUGCGACGCAAAACUAAGAAAAAGCACCUGAGGAGGGGGAAAAACCCAGAGGAUGUGGUGCGAAGAUACACAGACAAGAUUAAAGUGGUGCCAGACGAGGACUGUACCAUCUGCAUGGAGAGGCUGGUCAUGUCAUCAGGCUAUGAAGGCGUCCUGCAGCACAAAGGCAUCAAGCCAGAGCUGGUGGGCAAACUUGGCAAGUGUGGGCACAUGUACCAUCUGCUGUGCCUGGUGGCCAUGUACAACAAUGGCAAUAAGGAUGGCAGUCUUCAGUGCCCAACAUGCAAGACCAUCUAUGGGGAGAAAACAGGCACUCAGCCUCCUGGGAAGAUGGAGUACCACGUCAUCCCCCACUGCCUGCCCGGCUAUUCAGACUCCAAGACCAUCCGCAUCGUCUACGACAUUCCUGCCGGCAUCCAGACCAAUGAGCACCCCAACCCCGGGAAGAAGUUCAGUGCAAGAGGGUUCCCUCGACACUGUUACCUCCCCGACAAUGAGAAAGGCAGGAAGGUCCUGAAGUUGCUGAUCAUGGCCUGGGACCGUCGCCUCAUCUUCACCAUCGGCACGUCCAGCACCACAGGCGAGUCAGACACAGUGGUGUGGAACGAGAUUCACCACAAGACAGAAUUUGGCUCCAACCUGACAGGCCACGGCUACCCAGACCCUAACUACUUGGACAACGUCCUGACAGAGCUGUCGGCCCAGGGGGUCGGCGAGGACAACCUGAAGGACUGAGGACCAGCUGAGCUGGUACGCAGGAGCUAACUCACCAUGCCCCGUCGUCUCCUAGAGAGCAGGGACACUGCAUGACGGGCCAACAUGCAGCUGGCAACUCUUUACUCCCCACAAACAAAAAGACCUUGCAGAUGUGGUGGCACAAGAGCAACAGAAACAAAAUAAAUGAUGUAAUGGUUAUGAUCAAUUUUUUGAUUUCUAUAACCUAACAAGAUUUCCCCCCAUGCUGUCUUUUGAUCCAUGCCAUGAGCAUGUUGCCUUCAUGCCAAAUUUUCUCAGAGGAUCGAGGAAUGUAAAGACGAGGUUUUGAUGUUGUUAGGGAAAUGGUCGUUAACCCCUUUUAGAUUCAAACUGAUGCUACUCCUCUGCAUUUGGAGUAAAAUGACGAGGGGCUAAAACAGUUUAAAGGCAUAUUUAAAAAUGCUGAUCUCCAGAUUGCAUGGCCCAGACUAACGCUGCAUAAUGAAUGUUGAGCGAAUAUCUGCAAUAGGCUGAGGUGCCAUUGGAGGACUUGAUAUUGUGAAGCUUAAUAUUGUAAAGAUACAUUCAAGAGAGUUGCAGAAUUUGGAUUAUUUCCCCUGCCCCACCCCCCACCAUUUUCUCUAAUAAUUAAUAUUGUUCUGUAACAAUGUGGUGAGACUUGGUUUUGUGACUUUGGGUUGGGAUGGAAUGAGAGGAUUUGGGCUGGAACAGUGAGUAGAACUGAGUGAAGAUGAUGUGACUUAAGAUUGCACUGGGUUUCUCUGACAUUUUCCACUUGUGAUACACACAGGUCAGUCGUUCUGUAAAACGAAGGUGUGCUCUGUAGUGCAUGAGAUAGAUUCUGAAGAGAGCUUAAAGGCUAUGACAUAUAAGUGUUUGAUGAUAAAUGUAUGUUGUAUGGUUAACCUUGUUGACUGUCUGUGAGAGGAGGCGUGAAAUAGAUGAAACAAGUGUCUUACCAGUCAGUUUGACGCUUGUUUAGAGGUGUUGUAACUUCGAAGGCUGCGGUUGGGAAGCGAGGUUUGCUUCGCUUCAAGGUUAAACUCAUUUGUUUUGUUGACGCAUUGAUGACACUGACCUCUGUGAAUAUAAAGCCUGCAUUAUUAUUCUCCCUGUUGGAGCAAACCCAGGCAUUGGCACAAUCCAUCAUGUUGACCGUACAUGGGUGUACGACUGCAUGCUCUGAGGCAUUAAUAUGCUGGCUUUAAGUCCUUGAGGAAAGAAGCUGAACGCGCUUCUCACAGAUGGACGUUCAGUUUUCCCUCAGAGAUUCAUCUUGGGCAGCGCUACCCUCCAGCUCGCCUGUGAUCUACAAGUCCCCUGUGAGCUUAUUUGCUGUCAGACGGUGCGCUGGGCUCUACUGCUUUCUUAUAGGGAGCAGUGAAACAUCUCAUUCCCAGCGUGAGCUCACUCAGAGUUGUUAGGGCCCAUCCUGAUGUAUGGCCUCUUCCACCACUGUUCC